AUGGCUCUCACCGCCGUCGUUGUAGCUACGCUGCCCAAGCGCUACUUUGACAAGCCCGCUUGGGACCAUCUCGUCAGCCGCCAGAAAAACUUCCGGCUUUUCUCUCUUAGCUCGGCUCCAGAAGCCUUUGGCUCGACUUACGAACGGGAGCUGGACGUCACCUGGGACACUUGGGAGAGCCGUCUCACCAAUCCGCAAGCCACAACCUUCGUCGCCGUCUCGCGCGAUCCAGGCACCGCUCAGAAUCCUGUCGAGUUUCCCCAGCUCCUGCAGCAUGAUUGGCUCGGGCAGCUUGUGCUGUUCAGGAUGUACCAGGAGGACCGGGCAAAGCUGUCAGCGAACGCCUCCCCAUGGACGGCUUUGAGAGACGACGAGGUGCAUUAUCACUUCAACGCCAUGUUCGUCAUGCCAGCCGCGCGCGGUCAAGGAAUAGCUCGAAAGCUCAUCGAACAUGCAAUCGCUGGCAGCACGCCGAGCGGCGCCGUGCGCGCCAAGUACACUGUCAUCGUGUGGGCAAAAACGAACCCGCAAAACGCGCCUUCGAGAAAUGCGGGUUCAAGGUCGUUGGAGAGGGCGUAUUCGAAAGCGGAUCCGGUGGACGGCGCCGGCAAGAAUCCGCUCUGA